AUGCCUACUCUCGCUCUCACAAACUUCAAUAUCCUCGUGGGUCUGCUGGGUGGUUGGGUCUCGCUUUUCGGCCUGGUCUCAUAUCUAUGCAAGGAGAACUACUACCUCUCCGAAGCCCUGAUAUCCCUCCUCGCGGGCGUGGCCUUCUCCCCUUCCGCAGCAAACCUCAUCAGACCGCUGGAAUAUGCCGGCACGGAAGAGGACGUCGAGAGCGUCACCCUCGCCUUCUCGCGCCUCGUCCUCGGCGUGCAGCUCGUCUUGGCGGGCGUGCAGCUACCAAGCAGGUACCUCCGCACGCAGUGGAAACCCAUGGCCCUCCUCGUCGGGCCCGUCAUGACGUGCAUGUGGCUCGCGACCUCCCUCCUCGUCUGGGCCAUGGUGCCGCGCAUCCCCUUUUUGCACGCGCUCGCGGUCGGCGCCUGCGUGACGCCCACGGAUCCGGUGCUCUCCAACGUCAUCGUCAAGGGUCGCUUCGCAGACCACAACAUCCCCACGGAGCUGCAGAACCUCAUCAUUAGCGAGUCUGGCGCCAACGACGGCCUGGGGUACCCGUUCUUGUUCUUCGCCUUGUACCUGAUCAAGUACAUUGGCGACGGUGGCAAGCAGGUCUCUGGAGGUGCGGGCUUGGCGAUGGGGUUGUGGUUCGGCGAGACCUGGGGGUAUACCAUUAUUCUCAGCGUUAUCUACGGCGCCGUCGUGGGAUGGCUUGCAAAGACGUUGCUGAGAUGGGCCGAGAAGCGCAAGUACGUCGACAGAGAGAGCUUCCUGGUUUUUGCAAUCUCUCUGGCGCUCUUCAUCGUUGGAACGUGCGGCAUGAUAGGCAGUGAUGACGUCCUCGCGUGCUUCAUUGCCGGCAACGCCUUUACAUGGGACGAUUGGUUCCGUUUGGAAACUGAAGAUGACUCCUUCCAGCCGACGAUUGAUAUGCUCUUGAACGUCACCAUCUUCAUGUGGUAUGGUGCAGUCAUUCCGUGGAACGAGUUUCUCCACAACAACGUGGUUCCGAUAUACCGCCUCAUCCCCUUGGGCAUUUUGGUUCUGCUGCUGCGGCGCUUGCCAUUUGUCUUUGCUAUUCACCGCUUCAUACCCCAGAUCGAGCAAGUGAAGCAAGCCAUCUUCGUGGGGUUCUUCGGCCCCAUUGGAGUAUCGGCCAUCUUUUAUCUAUACGUCACUAUCGAAUUCCUGCACACGCUGAAUGAGGGCGAUGAACCUCGUUCGGAUGUUGCUCACCUGCCCGAGAUAGUCAGAGUCGUCGUUUGGUUUCUCGCAGUCUGCAGUAUAGUGGUCCACGGGCUGAGCAUUCCGCUUGGCAAGCUCGGCUACUACGCUCCACGCUCGCUGUCUAGAGGCAUAUCUUUUAUGAGCGGCGAAGGCGACGGCGAGGGUCCCGAGGACACUCGACCCUCGUUCCGGAUCCGUGGCAGGGUACUGUAUCCCUUUGGCCGGUCUAGGUCUCAAGGAAUCGAAGCGGCAACAGGUUCGGGUUACGAUACCGAGUCGCGGGCCCAACCACAGUCCCUAUCCCAGUCCGAAACGGAAGGAGCAAACCGGCCCAUCUAUAGAAUCGGCGGCUCAGUCAUCCGCCCGCAGCCUGCGGGCGCGGACGAGCCGGGCGCGGCCCCUCCUUGGACGAAGCGGCCCGGUCGACCGGAACAACGUUCAGACCCCGAAGACGGAGAACAUGUCAAAGAUUCUCAGAGAAAGGUGGCUGAUCAGCAACAUGUGCAGACGCCACCGCCACCAGAGCUACCAAGUCGCACAAUCCGGUUUCCGGACGAGACACCCGCACCUCGGUGA